CUCACUACUACACUAGAACCCAAAUAUCACCAGACAGUUCAUCAUGUGCACAAACCCAAGGCGGAGCUACGGCGACUCACACGUGCCAAAACACAUUCGGUUUUUCUAUAAUGUUUUGGAAUUCAACGUAUUUGGCAGUAGAAAUUUGUCCUAUUAGUUCAAUUAGGAAUUUAAUCUUAAAAGACAGUGUGGAUGGUGAAAUCAUAAUCGAUACAACAACGAACAGCGACACAUUGUAAAAUCUCUCGUGGACAGCCAAUGGCAACCCGUCUCUGUAUCCUAGCAACCUAGCCCGUGUUACGUUUGCGAUCAGUUUAGUUAGCAAGCUGUUCGGCUACAGACGCGGUUUCUUGCAGGACAUUAUCCUAAUUAAUUUUGGUUUUUCUUCAGUCCACAAAUUGUUCCGUUAUCCAGAUUAUGGAGAACGUGCAUCUUGUCCCAGAGGAGGAGGAUGAUCUGUAUACAGGCUACAAUGAAUACAAUCCAACAUUUGACUCAGAGGACCUUCACAACGAUAUAGGUUUUCAGCAGGCCGUCAGGACUAGUCAUGGGAGAAGACCACCAAUGACCGCUAAAUAUCCUGGGACCGCGAUUGGAGGGCGACCGCUUGGAACAACUUUUGGAUCUCGGAUGCCUGUUGGCACUUCAAUGGGAAGACCUAUGACUGGAGCUGUUCAGGACGGGGCAGCUCGUCCCAUGACUGCAGUGCGGGCAGCAGGAUAUUCUUCAUCUUUAGCUAGAGGCUCAGUGUUUGAUCCACUGGGACAAGCGAAAGGACCAGCCCCUCCAUUAGAGAUGAAGAAUGAAGACACUCCAGAGGAGAAGAUAAAGAUCCUGGAAAAGAAGGUGAAUGAUUUGAUAGAGGAGAGUUGUCUCACUCACGCACAUGGGGAUCUACAACUGUCUCUAGAGAAGGCCAAAGAGGCAGGCAGAAAGGAAAGGGCUCUGGUGAGACAGAGAGAACAAACAGGCACUGCAGACCACAUCAAUCUAGAUCUGACCUUCUCAGUGCUGUUUAAUUUAGCAAACCAAUAUACCAAUAAUGACAUGUACACUGAAGCCCUAAACACUUACCAAGUCAUUGUGAAGAAUAAAAUGCUUAAUAAUGCUGGACGAUUAAAAGUGAACAUGGCAAAUAUAUAUUUCAAGCAAAAGAACUACACAAAGGCAAUCAAAUUUUACCGCAUGGCUUUGGAUCAGAUCUCAAAUGUCCAUAAUGCAAUGAGGAUCAAGAUAAUGCAGAACAUUGGAGUUGUGUUCGUACACAUGGGCCAAUACUCAGAUGCCAUCACCUCCUUUGAGUACAUCAUGAGUGAGAGUCCCAACAUAAAGACAGGCUUCAACCUCAUCCUGUGCUACUAUGCCAUUGGAGACCGUGAGAGGAUGAAGAAAGCUUUCCAGAAACUAAUUUGUGUUCCGCUUGGAAUUGAUGAUGAAGACAAGUAUAUUCCUCCAAAUGAUGACACCCAUGCAAACAUGGUCAUUGAGGCUAUUAAGAAUGAUAAGCUGCACCAAAUGGAAUUGGAGAGGAAAGCACUAGCAGAAAAAUACAUUAUGACCUCAGCUAAGCUUAUUGCUCCAGCCAUUGAGUCAUCAUUUGCAGCUGGGUUUGACUGGUGUGUAGACAUGGUAAAGGGUUCACAAUACGUGGAGCUGGCUAAUGACUUGGAGAUCAACAAAGCUAUUACUUACCUAAGACAAAGGGACUUCAAACAGGCAGUUGAGACCCUGAAGAUGUUUGAAAAGAAGGACAGCCGGGUUAAAAGUGCUGCUGCCACUAACCUUUCCUUUCUCUACUUCUUGGAAAAGGAUUAUGAUCAAGCAGACCGCUACGCUGACCUUGCCAUGAGCGCUGACCGCUACAACCCUGCUGCACUUAUUAACAAAGGCAACACAGUGUUUGUGAAGGAGGACUAUGAGAAAGCAGCAGAGUUUUAUAAGGAGGCUCUUCGUAAUGACUCGUCCUGCACUGAGGCUCUCUAUAACUUAGGUUUGACCUAUAAGAGGCUGGGUAGACUAGAGGAAGCCCUGGACUGCUUCCUUAAACUGCAUGCUAUCCUCAGAAACAGCGCUCAGGUCAUGUAUCAGUUGGCUAAUCUAUAUGAGAUGCUGGAAGACCCUCACCAGGCAAUUGAGUGGCUGAUGCAGCUCACCAGUGUGACUCCUACAGAUGCCCAGGUGCUGGCCAAACUGGGAGACCUUUAUGACAAUGAGGGAGACAAAUCACAGGCAUUCCAGUACUAUUAUGAGUCAUACAGGUAUUUUCCCUCAAACAUUAGUGUCAUUGAGUGGUUGGGAGCAUAUUACAUUGAUACCCAGUUCUGUGAGAAAGCUAUUCAGUACUUUGACAGAGCUACCCUCAUUCAACCAACCCAGGUGAAAUGGCAGCUGAUGGUGGCCAGCUGUUACAGGAGAAGUGGAAAUUAUCAGAAGGCACUUGAGACCUACAAAGACAUUCAUUGGAAAUUUCCAGAGAAUGUUGAAUGUCUUCGCUUCCUGGUCAGACUGUGUACAGAUAUGGGAUUAAAAGAGGUGCAGGACUAUGCAACCAAACUCAAGAAAGUUGAGAAAAUGAAGGAGAUCAGAGAGCAGAGGGUGAGGUCUGGGAGGGAGAGCAGUGCUCGGGGUCGGAGAGAAGGCAGCGCUGGCAGUGGAAACUCUUCAAAUCUUACACACACUACCCCCAAGAAACCCAGCGAUGUGGAGCUCAUACCAGGGAGCAGCUCAAGCCCCAUCAAUACCCCUCCUCUGAGAGCCAGUGCAGUUUCUCGCUCUGAAGCCAAGUACAGUCCUGUACUGGAGCAGGGCAGAGACAGUGGACAGAGCAACCAUGGCACCAGUGCCAAGGGUGAACGGCUUAGUGUUAAGUUGAAAACACUUCCAGGUUCCAAUGAGCCAUAUGAAGCCAGCACUCAGCAGGAAAUAGAUGCUUCUUAUGUUGAUCCGUUGGGGCCGCAAACACAGAGACCAAAGACUGCAGCAAGGAAACGUAUUGAGGAAGAUGAGUUUGCUGAUGAAGAGCUAGGAGAUGACUUACUGCCAGAGUGAUGUCCAGGCCUCAAGUCUGUGUCAUUUUAGUGGAAUGUCUAUGUCUGAUAUAUGUCCCACUACCAAGAAAUAUUACAACCAGUCUCCAUUUUACAGCUCAGCCAAGAAUGUUAGAAGUAAAAAAAAAAUUUAAAAAAAAGAGUCAUCUGAUGACACUAAAACCUAAUGUGGCUAUUUUGUAUUACUUGUAUAUUAUUUAUUUAACUUUUUUGACUGCACCAAAGGAACUGCAUUUAAUUGUCUUAAUUAUUACAUGCAUUAUGAUGCAUAUUUUGUCAGUUUGAAUAUUAAAAGUACAUAAUUGUAUGGAAAGA